ACUUCAGACAAGAAGCUCAAUCGGACAAGAACGCUGCAAGGAAUUGUGUUAAGAAGCCAAUUUGUUUUCACAGUAAGUUGUGUGAAUGAGGAGAGGAUGACUAAACAAGAGUUUAAUAUCGAGUCCGCUGAGAAGGAAGAUAAGGAAAGCGGUGGCAUUUUCCUGACAACAUUUCAACUGGUGUUCAUCGGCGUCACGGCAGCCUGCGUGAUAACAGCUGUAGGAUGCAUGUGUGCCUUGUUACCAGACCGAUCGUGUGAUGAGGUCCGAGUAACCGAGCCUCCAGAGGAGCCCAUGACCACGACACCGAGGAUGACCCCAGAGCGAACAGAACCACCCGUUACGGAACCACGCAGAACAACAGAAGGGGACAUGACGACGAUAGCCCCGACCGAAGAGCCGUGGAAUGGACGAUUAUCGUACGAUCUCAUCCCGGAUUCCUACGAUCUUUACCUUAGACCAUACCUCUAUCCAGAAGAUGGCGGAGAAGACAAAAGAUUCACGUUUGAUGGACGAGUUACAAUACACUUCAGAUGUGAUGUAGCAACCAACGUUAUCACACUUCAUUUACUAGAUAUCGAACUCGAUAUCUACACUUUAAGCGAUACCGACGGAAAUGAUAUUUCUAUCAGUGGCCAUACGCUUGAGGCGAAGUACGAAUUCGUUCAUUUCAAUCUUGACAGUUAUCUUGAAGCGGGUAAAGAUUAUGUCUUAUAUAUCGAAUACCUCGGUCAACUAAGAGCGGGAUUGUCGGGAUUCUACCGUAGCAGUUACCAGCAAGGAAAUGAAACAAGAUGGCUAGCCACAACCCAGAUGCAGGCUACCAGUGCUCGUCAAGCUCUCCCAUGUUUCGACGAACCCGACUUCAAGGCCGUCUUCCGAACUGAGAUCGAGCACCGUGACGACAUGGUUGCCCUCUCCAACGGCAUGGAAACGAGAACGAACGAGAGCGAGAUCGAAGGAUGGACGAUCUCCAGAUAUCUACCAACGCCCAAGAUGUCGACUUACCUCCUGGCUUUCGUUGUUGGUUACUUCGAUAAGCUGGAAACAUGGACGGACAAUGAUAUUCUGUUACGAGUAUGGUCACGUCCGGAGGCUGUCAAUAAUACACAAUACUCAUUGGAAAUCGGGUCUAACCUCACCACAUACUUCGAAGAGUACUUUAAUAUAUCUUUCCCGCUUGAAAAACAAGACAUGAUCGCGGUGCCAGACUUUUCGGCAGGCGCCAUGGAAAACUGGGGCCUCAUCAUCUACCGGGAAACAAACCUGCUCUACGAUAGCGCAGUCAACUCGGCAAGUAACAAACAACGUGUUGCCGAGGUGGUCUCACAUGAACUUGCUCAUAUGUGGUUUGGUAACCUGGUCACGUGUGAAUGGUGGGAUGAUCUAUGGCUUAACGAAGGUUUCGCCACCUAUAUGGAGGGCACCAUCGGUGUGAAUCACGCUGAACCUUCAUGGCUAAUGAGGGAGCAGUUUGUUACUAUAGAUCUGCAGUCAGUUUUUGAACCGGAUGCACUUGGAACGUCACAUCCGGUGCAGGUGCCUGUCAACCAUCCAGAUGAAAUCAACGAAAUAUUUGAUUCAAUUUCAUAUAGCAAGGGUGCAUCGAUCAACCGUAUGUUAAACAAUAUCCUUGGGGAAGAUGUCUACACGAGUGGAGUGAACAACUAUCUCCAAACUCACAGGGAAGAUAAUGCCAAAACAGAUGAUCUAUGGAACGCUUUAACAGAGGCGGAUAAAAAUAUCGGUGAUAAUGAUGUUAAAAAGAUAAUGGACACUUGGACUCUUCAGAUGGGUUACCCAGUGGUCAAUGUCCGUCGCCUCAAUGAAACUCAUUUCAAUGCUUCCCAGGAACACUUCCUUAUCAACCCUGAGGCUGGGGUCGACGAUAGAUACACCGAUCUGGGAUACCAAUGGUAUGUUUACCUUACGUACACUCAGGAGACGGACCCUAAUUUCGAAGAACCCGAUAAUAUCUGGAUGGAACCAUACAUGACAACAACCCUUGUACCUGUCUCGAACAACAUGAGUGAUGAUGAUUGGUUUCUUGUAAACAUAAAACAGUAUGGUUAUUAUCGAGUAAAUUAUGACAAUGACAAUUGGGCUCGCCUCAGCCAACAGUUAACAAAUGACCACAAGGUACUCCCGACCGAGAACCGUGCCCAGCUCAUCAAUGAUGCCUUCACCUUGGCCCGGGUGGGGCGAGUGGAUUACCCCAUUGCUCUUAAUCUAACUCUGUACAUGGAGCAGGAGGAGGGCUACGUGCCUUGGGAAGCAACCCUUGGAGGCAUCUCAUACAUUAGAGAUAUGUUCAGCAGAUACUACGGUUAUGGACCACUAGAGAGAUAUAUGCGUGAAAAGGUUCAAGCAUUAUACGAAAGUCUCGGAUGGAUUGACGAUCCAGACAACGAUCCCCAUCUUGAUCAAUUUAACCGAGAAAACGCAAUCGCUACGUCGUGUAGAUAUCGCAACCAAGAUUGCUUGGACCAGGCCUCCACCCUGUUCUCUCAAUACAUGACAAAUGAUGCAAACAAUGUGGACAACGAACCAGAUUACAUGAUUAACCCCAUCUCCCCGAACUUGAAGAGCGUGGUAUACAGUUAUGGUAUCCAAGAAGGGGGGCAGGUAGAAUGGGAGUUUGGCUGGAGAAAGUAUCAAGAAACCACGGAUUCCUCAGAGAAAGUCAAAUGGCUGGUGGCUCUUUCCUACUCUCAGGCACCAUGGAUUCUAAGCAGAUAUCUGGAUUACUCCUUGGAUACAGACCUCGUGCGCAGUCAAGAUUCAUCUACAGUCAUUGUCAGUGUGUCAAGAAACUACAUAGGACGUUCAAUUGCUUGGGAUUAUCUGCGGUCAAACUGGGAUACCUACGUGGAUUAUUAUCGCACAAGUCCAAGUGGUUUAGGUUAUAUUGUCACUGAGGUAACAGAAGAUUUCAAUACUCAACUGGAACUUGAAGAGGUUGUUGCAUUCAAAGAAGGCAAGGAUCUUGGUCCCGCUACACGUGCAUAUGAUCAGGCGAUAGAGGUUAUUAACACAAACAUUGCAUGGAUGAAAAGCAGUGCAACUAUAGUAGCAGAAUGGUUUGAAGAUGCAGCUCCUCCUAUAGGAGAAUAAACAGGAUAGAGAGCGAGCGCCCUCAUUGUCUUCUUUCUGCCAAUCGUCAUCUUCGUCUCCUUUCUUUUUUCUCUCUUCCCUGUCUCACUGCUUCUUUAAAGGGGUAUUCCAGGCUGAAAUUCAUCCAGCAAAAUGCUGUAAAUUUCAUUAAAAUCUGAUGUGAUAUAAUGAAGAAAUUGGAUUUUAAAGUUUAGCGACACUUUGUGAUAACAGUUACAUGCACCACGUCAUGAAUAUUCAUUAGGUAGGGGAUGAUGCCAUAUCCCCACUUUCCUUUUUCUUAUGUUAUUUACAUGAAAUCAAAAUGAUUUCAUAGUUUCAUACAUGUGUGUAUGAUGUAUCUCCCUUGUGACAAAAUAAGUCGCAAAUAUGGAUAUAUUACACAUUAAAUCGGUUGUCAAUCCAAUUCUUUCAUUCUUGUUGACAAUAUUUGAAUGUAAUAUUAUAUAUUAUCACCCGUAUCAGACAUCUGAGCUGGUCAUUUACAAAACCGUAUUGCCCUACAUUUUCUGAAUAUC